UUUUCUCCCUGCCUUUUUGUACUAUAGUGCCAUUUGUACUAUAAUGCCAGAACCUGCGAAGUCCGCCCCGGCCCCAAAGAAGGGUUCCAAGAAGGCGGUGACCAAGGCGCAGAAGAAGGACGGCAAGAAGCGCAAGCGCAGCCGCAAGGAGAGCUACUCGGUGUACGUGUACAAGGUGCUGAAGCAAGUCCACCCGGACACCGGCAUCUCGUCCAAGGCCAUGGGCAUCAUGAACUCGUUCGUGAAUGACAUCUUCGAGCGCAUCGCGGGCGAGGCGUCGCGCCUGGCGCACUACAACAAGCGCUCGACCAUCACGUCUCGGGAGAUCCAGACGGCCGUGCGCCUGCUGCUGCCCGGGGAGCUGGCCAAGCACGCCGUGUCCGAGGGCACCAAGGCCGUUACCAAGUACACCAGCUCCAAAUAAACCUGCCAAGUAAGCGUUUUACCACUUAACCCCAAAGGCUCUUUUAAGAGCCAUGCAUGAUUUCCACAAAUGAGUUGUAAUUCUGCCAUUCCCAAGUUCUCUCUUAAGUUUAUGUACUGAACUAGAAACUACACUGCCCAUCUUUUUGUCAUAGUCUGGCUGACCCGGAACUCGAUCUUGCCGCCCUCCCAAGUGACGGGACUAAGGAGCAUGCGCCACUGCGCCCUUUGUAGUUCGCAGCCAGUUUUAGUUCUGUGUUGUAUAGGAAAUAAUGUGCCUACCAGACACUGCACACGCCACAGUGCUAGUUCUAUAAAGUGAGUAAACGUCGUUCUGUCUUCAUAUGUAGUUCUUCACGCUGAUCAUGAAUUAGUCCACGGGGUGAUAAUUACUUUUCCUAGGCACAAAAGUGUAUUCUGACCUCAGCAUUGUCUCCCUUUUUUGUUUAGCUAAGUAGCUUUGUG